AUGUUCUUUGGGUUGUGCAUUCACGAUGGUACCUGGAAGUCUGCAGUUUAUGGUUUUGGAGAUCAAAGUAAUUUGAAAAAACUGAGAAAUGAGUCAAAUCUGAAACCUGUCCCAAUUGUUGGUUCAAAAUUGAAAAGAAGGUGGCCAAUUUCUUACUGCAGAGAACUGAACAGCUAUUCUAUUCCUUUCUUGGGAUCAGAUGUGUCUGUUGUGAGGCGGACUCAGCGUUACUUGCUCGAGAAUUUAGAGCAAUCACCUGUCCAGUACGCCGCUUAUAUGACGGUGGGAGGCAUCACCUCUGUUAUUAAGCUGAUGUUUGCGGGACUUUUCUUUUUAUUCUUUGUGAAGUUUGGCAUUGGAAGGCAGCUUCUCAUAAAAUUCCCAUGGCUCUUCUCCUUUGGUUAUUUUUCAAAACAAGGUCCAACACAGAAACAGGUAACCCUUUCUUUUGUAUACAGCUCUUAAAUAAUUUUCUUUAUU